AUGGCGGGCACACACUCGUAUGCCCUGCUCGUCGAGCUCGAAGAAAACAGCGUGGCGAAGUUAAAAAACAAGUUAGUUAAAUACUUUCAAAGUAAAAAAGCUAACGGUGGUGACUGUGAAGUUGACUAUGAAAACGGCAGCAGGACAGCGGUGCUCCGCUUCCGCAGAGAGGAGGACCAACAAAAUGUUUUGGCGAAAAAGACGCAUCAGAUUAGUUUGGAAAAAGGCGUGUUGAGGAUGACAGUUCGCUUACCAACAGAGGAGAAAACAACGCAAGAAGCUCAGCCUGGUCAAUGCAGCGAGAAAUCAGCAGAUGUUGCUUUGAACACCAAACCAUCCAGCGCUGAUGAGGACACACCUGCAGUCGAAGUUCAGAUGGAGGGGGAAGGUGGACUCGAUGAAACAGCAGACGAAGAGCUCUGCUCCACUUCGGCUGUUUUAGGAAAUGUUCCAGAGACAUUAAGCCUGGAGUUUUUGAAUAUGCUGGUGGAGAAUGUUUUAAAGGAUCCUGACUCUCCAUCUGCCUCUCAUGACUUCACUUUGGAAGUCAUUCAUGGUACCUCUUCUGCUGUGGUGACUUUCCAGAGUGGAAAAGAAGCCACGGAUUUUGUGACAAGAUGCCCCCAAAACAGGAUGUUCACAAAGAAGGGACUAUCAGUUCAGCUUCUUGAGGUCACAGAGCAAGUUGUAGUUGAAGACCUACAAAACAUUAGUGAAGAUCUCCUCUGCCUGCAUUUUGAGAAUGCAUGUGGGGAUGUGGAAGAUGUUGUGCUUAAUGAAGUUGAACAUUCUGCCAUCAUCACCUUUAAAGACCACAAAGCUGUUCAGAAAGUCAUGAAGAAGAAGCAAACCAUUAAAGGGGAAGAGAUCAAAGUCUAUCCUUUUUACAGAUCUUUGGGAACAGCCCUCUAUGGCAAAGACAAGCCUUCACUAAAACUCCCUGCAGCCAUCUCUGAACACAUUGACAAUGCUGUUUGGAGAUAUUUAAAGGACAAUCAAUCAGCAGUAGAGAACAUACAUAGUGACUUAAAAAAACACUUCUGCUCUGUGAAUCUCAACCAAUCCACUGUGUGCUUGUACCCUGUACCGUCACUACUCCAGCAAAAAGACGCCAAAGCCAUCAUCAAGGACUGGAAGGAUACUGUUAAGUCUGCUUUUGCACAAGCUCUGUCAAAGUUCAGAUCCCUGAAGCUUCAGCCAGAGUCAGACGUGUGGGAAGAGUCUGAGGAGAAGAUCAGACAGAUGCUACUGAAUGAGGAUGUGGUUGUAGUGCCUGAUAAAGCCAGUGGUGUCUUAUCAGUCGCUGGCCUUGUGGCUGAUGUCAACAGAAUGGAGCCACAUCUCUGUGACGCUGUAAACAAAAUUGUCAAAAGGUUGCAGAGGGAGAAAUCAACCACAAGUCAAGAGGUGAAAGUGUCACCACAGAUUUUUCACAUCCUGUGUCAAGAUGGUCUUCAGGACAAGUUGCUACGCGUGUACCCAGAGCUCAAAAUGUCAUUCAGGAAAGAUAGUUCAGAUUUGAUAUUAAUUGGUUUACCAGAUGAGAUUAUGGCAGCAACCAGAGUUAUAUAUGAUCAGAUGUUUGCAUUAAAACGGCAGAAUUUAGAAAUAGAUAUGUUUGUGCUUGAAUUGUUGAAUGAUGAACAACCCGAGGAGCUUACAAAAGCUCUGCUCACAUCUAAUGGAAUAAAUGCAGCAUUGGAGAUCAAUGCACAGAAGCUGCAGCUCCUUGCUGUUUCUGACAGAGAUUUGGAUAUUGCUCAAGAUCAUCUGGGAAAGAUACUAAUAUCUCAGUAUAACAAUGUUGAAGAUAUUAAUGUCCUGGAGAAACCAGAGUGGAAGCAGCUGGUCAGUCAGUUAGAGAAAGCCAGCAAUAAACCAUGCAGUGGAAUUAGAAUUCACACUACUGGUCAACAAGUUGUGGUGUCUGGCCACAAGGAUGGUGUUGUAAAGGUUAGCCAUGAACUUCAUGACUUUUUAACAGAGAAUGCUCAGGUGGAAGAAACUGUUGUAGUCAAGAACAAUACCAUAGUCAGGUAUAUUGAAAAGCUUGACUCAUCUUGGUUGGAGCAAGUGAGUGGCAAAGUGGCGGUGUCUUACAGAAAAGAGGCCAUCUGUCUAAGUGGUUCUAGAGUUGAUGUCACAAAGUGCAAGACUUUGGUUGAAAACAUGGUCUCUUCUGUGUUCUUUGAAAGUUUCAAAUUCUUCAAACCUGGAAUGAAGAAGUUCUUCAAGGAUCAAGAAUCUAUGUAUGUCAACUUAGUUGAUAUGAAAACUGGCUGCCUGGUCCAGCUUGUUGAUGAGACUAGUGGUGGACCGGGUGAUUUGGCCCACACUCAAGUACCAAAACCUGUAUACCAGCUUCAGACAUCUGAUGGAGUGGAGAUAGCUAUUUGCAAGGCAGAUAUGUGUAGCUACCCGGUGCAUGCAGUUGUCAAUUCUUCUAAUCAGAACUUGAAACUUGAUGGAGGUCUUUCAAGAGCACUUCUUAAUGCUGCUGGCCCUCAGUUACAGGAUGAAUGUGACAGAUUAAUUAACUCGAAUGGACAGGUCAAGCCUGGAGACUGUGUCGUAACUGGUGCCGGGGGGCAGCUUUGCUGCAAGACAAUCAUUCAUGCAGUGGGACCCAACUUUGAUUCAGCUAAAUCCAAGAAGUCUCUGGCACUGUUGAAAAAAGUAGUUAAAGGAAGCCUAGACCUUGCUGAAUCACAUGGAUGUGUCUCUGUGGCUCUGCCCACAAUUGGCAGAAGCCUAGGCUUCCCUCUCAAUUUAUGUGCUGCCACCAUCAUCGGUGCAGUGAAGGAACACUGUGAUGAAAAAUAUGAUGACAACAGCCUGAAGAGGAUCCAUUUUGUGGACAUUGACGACAGUGCUAUUAAGGCUAUGGAGGCAGCUGUCAGAAAGGAUUAUGGAAAUCAUGGUGUUAGUCAUUCUCAACAAACUCUUCCUGUAUCUCCACCUGUGAGCCAUGCUGGACCUGAUCCAAACUGCUUGGGGCAAGUGCAGACCAAACAGGGCUUGGGCAUCACUCUCAUGAAAGGAAAUAUCCAGGAUGCCACGACGGAGGUGAUUGUGAAUACUGUGUUUGAAGAUCUUGCACUGAAAAGAGGGGCAGUUUCAAAUGCCAUCUUUCAUGCCGCUGGAUCCAAACUUCAGGAGCUGGUAAAUGCGCAAAAUGCAAGUGGAAGCCUCGGUGAGGUCAUUGUUACUGAGGGCUGCAAGCUGAAGUGUGCACUAGUUUUUCAUGCAGUCACACCUCAUUGGGACAAUGGACAAGGCACAGCUGAAAAGACCUUGAGUGGGAUUUUCAAGGAUUGCUUGAGAAAGGCAGAGGACAGUGGUCAGACCUCCAUAUCCUUCCCUGCCAUUGGUACUGGAAACCUGGGUUUCCCAAAAGAUCUUGUAGCCUCAUCGAUGCUGGAUGAAAUUUUAGCAUUUAGCAAAAAGAAACAACCCAAGCACCUGAAGAAGGUUGUGAUCAUACUUUACUCAGGGGACACACAGACUAUCCAGGUUUUUAGUGAUGAAUUCACGAAGAAGUUCCCAAAUACCUCAGUUGUUCAAGCGCCCACAUGCUCAGGUCCCUUCACUAAAGUUGUGUCAACCUCGGGGAUGCAUGAGACCAAAAUGGGAAGUGUGGCAGUACAGGUGGUGACAGGAGACAUAACCACGGAGACCACUGAUGUCAUUGUCAACUCUUCCAAUGAAAAUUUCACUCUUAAGUCAGGAGUAUCAAAGGCUAUUCUGGAUGCAGCUGGUCAGCUUGUUGAAGACGAAUGUCAGAAACUUGGUUCCCAGCCCAAUUCAGGCAUGGUAAUGACCCAGCCAGGCAACCUGAAGUGUAAGAAGAUCCUACACGUAAUUGGACAGACGGACCCAGUCAAAAUCAACAAGGUUGUGAAAGACGUACUUCAAAUGUGUGUGAAAGACUCAUACACUUCUGUCUCGUUUCCUGCCAUUGGUACAGGUCAAGGCAGUGUACAGGCAAGGCAGGUGGCAGAUGCCAUGUUGGACGCAGUGAUUGACGUGUUGACUCAGAACACUACCAUUACCAUGAAGACAGUCCGGAUAGUUAUUUUCCAGCAACCAAUGUUGAAAGAUUUCUACAGCAGCAUGCAACAAAGAGAAGCCAGUGACCCUAAGGAUACGACUGGGUCCUGGUUUGGAACAAUCGGCUCCAAAAUUAAAUCGUUCUUUACUGGAAGUGCUGACAAGCCCCCGAUAGAUGGGGAUUUUGUCAUUGAGGCCCUGAAAGUGGAACCCGCUUGCUUCCACGUCUGUGGCGACUCACAGGCUAAAGUAGACUCAGCCAAGCAGUGGAUCAGUGACCUGAUAUCCAAAGAGCACAGCAGCAACAGCAUUUCAGAUGACAUCAUCCUCAGACUCUCUGGUGCAGACCGUCAGCGCGUUGUUGACAUCCAGAAGACCAUGAACGUGAGCAUAAGAACUGAGAGCAAGAAGGGCCAAGCCUCUUUCACCAUCGAGGGGCUCAGCAAGGAUGUGCUUCGGGCCAGCAAUGAGAUCCACAUGAUGCUGGGAAAAGUGAGAGAUGAGGAGGACCUGAAGAAGAAAGUGGAGGUGGCGGGCACAAUGGCAGAGUGGCAGUACCAGCAGCAGGGGUCUCAGUUUCAGAGUUUUAAUCCAAUGACCAACUACGAGCUUGAGCAAGCAUUGGGAAAUAAUCUAAAAACUGUAAAAGUCACCAUCCAGGGUCAAGACUACACAGUUCAAAUGCCAAAUGGACCUGCUGCUGAUAGCAAAGGACACACCCUGGAGAUAAAGCGCAUUGACAAAUUAAAAGAGGAAGACAUUCCUGGAAACUGGGUGACCAUGCCAGCCAACACCUCGUGUCAGGCCGUCACCAUCAAUGCUGGGACAGCCGAGUAUACUGAAGUCGAGAAUCUGUUCAAGGCCACAUGCAAACAAAACAUUAUUAAGAUUGAGAGGAUUCAGAAUCCUAUAUUGUUUAAGAGCCUACAGAUCAAGAAGCGUGACAUGGAGCAGAGAAACGGUCAUCAGAACAACGAGAAGCGUCUCUUCCAUGGCACCUGCCAUAACACCGUGGCCUACAUCAACGAACACGGCUUCAACAGGAGUUACGCAGGAAAGAACGCUACUUGUUAUGGCAAUGGCACAUACUUUGCCAUCAAUGCUAGUUACUCGGCCCAGAACACCUACUCCAGUCCCAAUCAGAAUGGGGAGAAGUGCAUGUACCUCUGUCGGGUGUUAACGGGGGAUUACACCCAAGGAAAACAAAAUAUGGUGGUGCCACCAUUCAAGACCAACUCCAUUCAGAAGUACGACAGUGUCGUGGACAACUUGACCGCUCCCAGCAUGUUUGUAAUUUUCCAUGACAGCCAGGCUUAUCCUGAAUAUUUGAUUACAUUCAAGUGACCUGGCUGUGUACUGAGACAACAAAUUAAAUGUCUUACAUUUGACUCUUCCUAUGUAACAAACACAUUUUUGCUAAUUAUCCGCUGAUUACUGGGUUUGUUUUUGCAUCUGCUGAAUAUUUGUAGUUUAAACAUUUGAUGACUGCAGUUAACAAUCUUUUGUUGCUAUCAAGCAACUAAUAAUGCUCACAGGGGGUCAUUUAUGGAAGACCUAAGUAUUCAGACCCCAUAUAGUGCCUUGAAAACAUCUUUGUGAACCUAUCGUAUAAUAAUCUGAAAAAUAAAUCAAGGAAAGGAAAGAAAAUGGUCUGUGUAAUUGCACUGAACACAGUGUUCAUGACAACCGGAAGGCUGAUGGAAAGUACUUGCUGUUCCAGGAAAUCAUGUGACAGUCAGGAUAACACUCACUUUUGGUUUUGAUAGUAAAACUGAAACAUCCACUGUUCCUUCACAGUAAUCCUGCACAAAUAAAAUUUCUUCCAGGUGCA